AUGCAGGAGGUGGGGCGGCUGCAGUCGCAGCUGGAGGCGACCCGGCGUGAGCCUGGUGCAAAUGGUCAUGGUAGUUUUUGUGGCGAAUGUAUGGCGAAGGAUGCCCGGAUGGAUGGUUGGAAAAAACAGGUGAAGAAGCUUAUUUCAAAAAAUGAUGAAGACAAGAACGCCUUGGUGGCACAGCUAGCCACUGCUCGUGAGGGCACUGCGCGGGCUGAGGAAGAGUUUCAGACGCAUUUGGAGUGCUUUCGUGGUUCAAUGACAAAACUGCAGGUGGAGUUGGAGCGUCUCUUGGUGGAGCGGCGGGAGAUGGAAGUGAAGUUGUUGCAUCUGGAGCGGUUUAAGGCAGCCGUGAGUGCGAAGGUGAACGGUGUAUGA